GUUCCGUCCUUGAUUUCUGACUGGCCCGGCAGAGAUACGACCUAGACGCCGAGUUUUCCAACCUCGAAGUGCGUGGACGGUUGAGGAGGAGAGGGGAACGACCCAAAGGAAGAUAGAGAAGAGAGGAGCUCCGCUAGCUUCUGCCCUCCCAAAUCCAUGGCGGAUAACCUAUUCCAGGGGCUCCCUCCUCCCUCCGCAACGCCUCCGGCGGCCCCGGAGCGGUCCCCGACCUCUGUCAAGAGAGAUUCGUCUCCGGCUCCCUCCGCCGCCGCCGCCGCCGCCGCCGCCACCGUCGCUGCCAACGCCAACGCCCCGGCUCCCGCCCUCAAGAGCGCUUUCAAGAGAGAUAAUCCCCCCGAGUCCCAUGACGCAGCACCACAGAAGAAGUUGAGAUUCAAAACAAGUGUUGAUGCAACAGAAACACAGAUUAUAGAAGCAAUGCAAAAGAUAGCAUCACAUAUAAAGAAUCCUUCGAAGUUCAGCAAGGCAUCAAAGCUUGCUAUGCAAUUAAUCCAGGCUGGAAGUGUGAAGCCAGGGACUAGUGAACACUUCUUUGCUGUAUUGGAGGCUGCAAUGUCUUCACCAACAGCUUGUAAUGACCCUGCAUUGAGAGCAGAUUACCAGGCCCUGUUCUCAGCAGUUCAAGAUGUUACAGAGUGCUUCAGCAAGCAGCAGAAAAAUCUAUUAAUAACAUGGACAUUGCGGGCGGUGGUGGCAAAUGAUCUUUACACUGAUGACAGCUUUGUGUAUUCAAAAGCAGCAGGAAAAAUCAAAGAAGCCAUUUCUAGCCUCCCCCUUGCCACCACGGAUGAUGACAACGACGAAGCGGCAGCACUGGCACUAGCUGAAAAUAAGGCAGUUGGCAUUGACAAUUGUCAGCAGGAAAAUACAUCGCCUGAUUUGUCUGAAUCUAAUAAAGAAACAUGCGAUCCGUUUGGAUUAGAUUCUCUGCUCCCAAGUACAUCUAAGAAGGAUGAAAGAUCUAAAGUAAAGGACGUAACAGCUGUAAACAUAAGGGCAGAAGAAGAAGAAUCCAAGAGAUUUAUCAAGUCACAGAGAGAAGUUUUACUAUUAUGUUUGGAGGUUGCUGCAAAACGUUACAAAGUACUCUGGGCCCAAACUGUGAUUGAUAUAUUGGUUAAGCAUGCAUUUGACAACAUAGACAGGUUCACGGCUCGACAAAGAGAUGCAAUUGAGAAGCUCUGGGCUUCAAUAAGGGAACAGCUGAUCAGAAGGAAGCAGGGGAAAUCCGUCACUGGAAAACUUGACAUGAAUGCUUUCGAGUGGCUUCAGGAGAAGUAUUCCCAUGAGAAGAUCAGCAUUCGGCAUGCUGUUGGAGGUGGAGGCGAACGCCGUGCUGAACAAUGGCUUGGUUAACUGUUUCUAUUCCUAGACAUGGUUUAUGGGAAACCAAAUUGAGCAUCUCCAUUUGUUUCAAGAUCAAAACUUUUAUCCUAAAGAGAAAUUCACAUUUUAACCACCAUCUUUGCCAACAGGUUGCUUUGCCAGAUCAAUGAUAGUGAAAACAAUCUCAUGCAAAUUUUAUGAUGCAUUUAGUUCUUUACUGUCA